AUGCUCGAAUGUUGGAUCUCUGCGCAGGACUUUGCCAAGAACGCAUGCUCGUCUCUCGUCAGUGUUGACAGCAGGCGAGGACGAGCACUGGUCCAUCCUAGUGGUGACACUACGGCUAAAAAGCCUCUUCGGUUCACCCCUUGGAGAGAGCGACAAUCUUUCUGGUAUAAGGGCCACCUUCUCAGUCUGCAAUGCACACAGAACGAGUCGGCCUUGUUCCCGCGCAAGACGAUGACGGUCUCUUGCAUUGGCCGUUCUUCCCUGAUCCUACGAGACCUUAUGGACGAGUGUCGUUUCGAAUACCUGAAGCUUUCGGAGAACAAAACCUCUAUCUUCGAGCACUAUAACAACGGCUGGAAAAGAACCAUUACCCGAGACAUCAGACCGAUCGAGACAGUCGUCAUGAACGAAGAGAUAAAGCAGACGCUCCUCAAGGACAUCCGCUCCUUUCUCGAUCCUACAGCUCGUUCGUGGUACACCAGUCGCGGGUUGCCAUAUCGGAGGGGCUACCUACUGUACGGCCGACCUGGAACCGGCAAAUCCAGUCUUAGCAUGUCUGUCGCAGGCUGCUUCGGACUGGACAUAUACGUCCUCAGCCUUGCCGGUAUCAACGACGGGCGCCUGAGCGCCUUGUUCGCUGAGCUUCCGCAACGCUGUGUCGUCCUGCUCGAGGAUGUUGACGCAGUUGGCACAACACAGUCUCGAAACACUGAUGCAGAUGACUCUGACUCAGGAUCGGAAGUAUCACGAACCUCAUCAAAGCCACCCGGAACUCUCUCCCUGUCUGGACUCCUUAACGUCCUUGACGGCGUAGCCUCCCAGGAGGGACGCAUCCUCAUCAUGACGACCAAUCAUCGGGAGCAUCUGGAUGAUGCCCUCAUACGGCCUGGUCGCGUUGACAAGAAAGUCGAAUUCCAGCUUGCCGACGCUGAUGUGAUCAGAAGGCUGUUCUGCACUGUGUUCGAACAGUCAACAGAGGAGUUGCCUGAUGCGGAGGCUCGAGACAAGAGCAACGAAGAAGUUCGGCGGCUGGCAGUCGAGUUUGCGGCCGCGAUACCGGAGCUGGAGCUUAGCCCUGCCGACAUUCUUUCGUUCCUCCUCGCAAACAGGGGCUCUCCAUCAAGCGCUUUGGCCGAUGCGGCAGGAUUGGUAUCAAAGACUAGAAAGGGUGGAGCGCUCAGAAUGGGUGAUUCUUGGGUUCAUAGUGAUUGA